GCUGUCGUUUACGUUGGACGUGAGGGUCGAGUUGAAUUUUCGUAGUCCGUCGUCCGUGAUUUAGGUAUCGGCCGGGUUGGGUGUUGUCGUCUAACCGAUUUAGUUAGUGGCUUCAACUAGCUAGCGUAGCUGUGAGGUAGGUAGGUAUAGUUGAAACUCUCCGCAAACCACAUCGAAUGCAACGCAAGUGUAGUGAAUCGAGUACCGCACAGAUAAGGACACAAAAUUUUGUCGAUAAGAUAUCUCGCGCGGUGGUUUACAAAUAGCAAAAAAGAGUUGAGUUUGUGAAAUCGCCGUGUACCUUGAGAACGUCGCUGAAACCGCAAGUAAUCCAGUGAUAAUAAACUUCCGCAUAAAGUGUGAUGUUGAUUCUUUUUUGGGUGCUUAGCCGUUGCUGUACCUACUAAUAUGUCAUUAAAGUUUACGUAAAUGCGGUAAGAAAGUGCUUCAAUAGAGUGUUUUUGAUUUUUUUGGCAGUAAACUAGUUGCGAACGUCAUCGAGAAGUUUUUAAGUCUUUCCGCAAACGUGUGCUCAUAAGUGUGCCGUCCCUACGUCACACUUUUACGACGCCGCCGCUAAUACCCAAAGGAAAAAGGGAGAACACAGUUUUACGGAAUUGAACCCUAAAAUAGAACCGGCACUUCGGUGUCACCGAAGUGGCUGUAGGUGGUUCGAUACCGGGGAACAGCUGGUUUUGCCCGUAGCAAAACACAAAGAAGGCACUGGAAUCGAUUUGGUGGCCCCGGCAGUGUCACCAGAAGAAUAAAUAUAGUUUAUACAAGAAGCAAAACAAACCGAGGAAACUGCAAUAACCCCCCGAGGUUCUGUGGACGUGCGGAAAGAUGAGUCGCUGUGACAACGAUUGGAACGUAAAAAUAUACAUAGUGACAUGGAAUGUGAGCACAAAAUUCCCGGAAAACUUAUCCCUCCACAAAUUGUUGGGCAUCGAGUCAUCAUCACAGCUGGACUCAGACCUCCCUGAUUUCUUCGUCAUAGGCCUGCAGGAGGUCAAUGCCCAGCCCCAGAACACCCUCUACAAUCUGUUCAAGGAUGACCUUUGGACGCAAAAGUUCAAGGAACUGCUCAAGGAGCGGGACUACGUGGUAAUCAAAACGGAACAGAUGCAGGGUCUGCUGCUUUCCGUCUUUGCCCGGCGGAAACAUUUGCUGCAUCUACGGCAGGUCGAAACGGAAUACACCCGGACCGGGCUGGGUGGCAUUUGGGGCAACAAGGGAGCGGUCAGUGUGCGGCUUAACGUUUAUGGGUGCACCAUAUGUUUGGUGAAUGCUCACCUGGCGGCACACGAUCACAUGCUGGAGGAACGGAUCAACGACUACGAGAAGAUCGUCCAGGAGCACAAGUUCCACGUCAAGGAGAAGGAAACCAUCUUCGAUCAUGACUACGUAUUCUGGUUCGGAGAUCUCAACUUCCGGUUGACGGGCGAGGCGACGACGUCGGCCGAAGAAAUCCGGGCCAUGGUGAACCGAGACGAACUGAAGAAGCUCAUUGAGCGGGACCAACUGUUGCUGGUACGACGGGAGGGCCGAGCUUUCCAGAAACUCAACGAGCGGCUACCCCAAUUCCCGCCGACGUUCAAAUUCGAGCCCGGCACCAAUGAAUACGAUAUGAAACGCCGACCGGCGUGGACGGAUCGAAUAUUGUACGCCGUCAAGGAGAAUCCCUACCGGAACGUUAAGCUGACUGUUGAACAGACAUCCUACAAAAGCCAUCCAACUUACAGUAUAAGCGACCACAAGCCGGUCUCGAGCGAGUUCACUAUUAAGUGUCGUUUUGGGGCAAAUACUGAUUUCUAUCGCACCUACGCGAUUAAAAACCGAACCAAAAAACGUACAUCGUUGCCGAAAACAUCUCCUAGGGACAUAAGGGGGCGUGUGAUCCGCAAGCCCCAGUACAGUGGUGAACGGUUCCGCACCAAUCACUACGAACGGUUCAACAGCUACCGGCUGGCGAUUGCCAACGGUACGGAACUGGCCCAAAAAUUGACCCCGUUCGAUGAUCUCGUUACCGAUUUUUGCGAUGGCGAUGGUGGCGGCGUUACUUCGGGUGGCGACACACAGGUAUACGAGGACACAACCGAGCGGACGAUCGUGUUCAAGCCGAUCGAGCUGUGGCUGGUCGGAGAGCCGAACACCAUCCAGUACACCAUACCGGCCGGCUUCGAGGAGGGACCCGCCGACUGGAUCGGGAUCUAUCGGGAGGAUUUCAGCAGCUUGAGCGAAUACCUAGCCUACGAGUACACUGAAUCGUACAAAGACAAGCAGCACCAGCUAAACGAAACCCAGCAGCAUCAGCUCCGAUCCACCCGGCCCGUCGAGCUUACCUUCUCGGAAAACGUUAGCCUUCCGCUCGGGACACGCUACCAGCUGCUGUACUUCCAAAGCACCGGAACGCGAGGAGUGACAGGUCUGGUCGGAAUCAGCAACUGUUUCGCCGUCGAGAAACGGUGUCCGUCCCCUUCCUUCGAUGACAUCGAUUGAUCCCGGCGGACUACCGAUCAACUGUAUCAACAGCGGUGGAAUCAACCUGCUAAUCAACAAGCUCCCAACGAUGACGCCGGCAACGUCUCUCGGGUGAGGUUUUAGUCAGGAAUGUAGGAAAGUUAGCGGAGCGGGUAAUCCGAUAAGACACGAAUGACGGAAAAGACAGAAAACGGUGUAUAUUUCAUUUACAGCUUUAGAAUAAGAUGUAAUCGGCAAGUUCUAUCAUUAACAUGUUUGCUAAAAAGUUAUUUCGAUGUUUAGUUAGCUCAAAUUUCUUAUUGAAAACGAAACAGACAACUGUCAAUUAUUUGAGAUGUUAUAAAAUGAACUUAACGAUCUUUUAAGUUUGCGAACAAAUUCUGUAAGCAGUAUUCGUGUCUGUUCGGGUUCGGGCCAAUCCGGAAAGGAAUCGGGAUAGAAAUUUUGAUUUUAAGAACAUACAAUGAACCAUUCACUAGCUUAGAUACCUAGAGAUGUAUGAAAUUCUGCGUUAAAGAAACCGCUUCUCGCCUGGCAUCCCCCAAAGUGUGAUAAACGAUAGUCACUUAUACCAUACAUAUGUAAACAAAUAGAUUGCUAUUUAGUAGGAGUACAAUAAAUUUCCGCCCAGAUUCGGGCCUGGCCGGAAUGCAACAAAGUCACAGUUCCGUGUGCGCAUACGCGAGCUUUACGUUCUAAUUAGUAGACAGUAAACGAACAAUCCAUUGAUAAGAGAGGCCUUACAAAUGGAAAAGCGAAACUGGCUUUCGAUACCAAAACAUAGCCGUGUUUUUUUUGUUUAUUAGAAAAAAAACGCCUUUCCAAUCUAAACAUGUAACGCCACACCGUUCACGGAUUUUUAUAUGUUACCUUGUUGCAGUUAAGAGCACUUUAAUUCUAUUGUAGCUGUCACAUUAGUUGAGACUGUUAAAUUUUCGUUAAAGGCUGUUUUCCUUGGGAUUUUUUUUUCUCUAAAUGUCACAAAUCACACAUCCUUAAAAGAAAUAGUGGUGCUAGAGUCACUUAACAUAAAAUGGUUGAACUUAGUGAAACAUUUUCAUUUUUAGAAGUAAAGUACAUCCGAGAUUUAAAAAUUCAUACUGAUAUCAGUAAAUUGUUGAAGGAUUUAAAAAAAUCAAUAUGAAACCAGCUUCAACAGUGACUUGGUCAAAAUUGGUGUACUUUGCUUCGCUCAAAUGAAAAAUCAGCUUCUACAACAAAUUAGGAUAAGAUAACAGUUAUAAUUUUAGGUCACCGGUUCUAAUUUGGACGUUAGAUGUUGUUGGCUCUGAUGUAACAAUAGGCUCAAAUUCGAUUUCUCGUAAACCAGAGUCACGUAUGUUGACGUUUUGAUGUUCCAUAACAACAGAAAACCAAAAGCUAUAAUUGUAAAAUCGCAAAAAUUGCAGUUAUGAACUAACAGAUAUGUAGGUUCUACUUUCUCUUACUCUUCAAAAAUUCAAUAAAAUUUUACAGUUGCUGGUGUGAAUCAUACGCCAACCAAAUAGCUGUUAAAUCAAAAUCCUACACAAAGUCUUAAAUAUCACUGGAUUCAAUGAGCAGAAUAAAGAGAUACCUACACUGUUUCUGGGUGCAAUCAACAAGGGUUAAUUCACGAA